CCGUCCCACAAAAGCUUUAAAAUCAAGAGAAAGCUGGGCAAGAAGAUGAAGCAAAACAGGCCAAUUCCACAGUGGGUUAGACUAAGGACUGGAAAUACCAUCAGGUGAGCUUUUUGAUGUGUGCUCUCAUUAGACUUCGAUGGGACAGUCCAGCCUUGCUUUUUUUUUCAUUUAUCACUCCAUAAUAUUUACAAAUAAGGUUUUGCUGGGUCGUGUUGGUAGAGUCUAGUGAAAUUAGCCUGAUCAUACUAGCGUAAUUCAUUAAAUUCGUAAACCACGUAAUGAUACAUGAGCUCAAAUAUAAGGAAGAUGGAAAAUACACUGUAUCUUGGUUCAUGAGUCAAAAGAUGCUCGCUCACAAGCAACGUAAGUCGCAAGUCGACUUGUAAUAUUAAAUGUACAUUACAAUGUACAUAUUGUAUGUGGUGUGUACCCGACCUUAUUAUCCUUCAUUCCCAGUGACGCAUUAAAUGGAUUAUUCAUUUAUGCAUAGUAAUUAGUGACAAGGAACCUAUCCAAUCAGCUUUUUAUCAAUAAAAGUAAGAUGAUGAAUUUUAAGCCUGGUCAAUACAUGAGUAAGAUGUUUUUCUCAGAGGCGGAUCAGAAGAAAAGUAUGCUCGAUUGUACAGGCCAUAAAGUUGUAGGGUCAACUUCUUUUGGCAAUACACCAUCGCAUUUUUUCUUCUGAGCUGCCUGUGCCACUGACUUAAAAAACAUCUUUCUGAAGCAUUUCGUUAUUUGGAAAACAACAAUAGUUUUUAAUUUAACCUCUGCUUGAUGUUAUUCCACUUUAGAUAUAAUGCCAAGAGACGUCACUGGCGUCGUACCAAACUGGGAUUGUAA